AUGGGAGUUUUCAGUUUAUUCAGCUCCAAAGGGACUUUUGAUCCUGAUACAUUUGAGAAAGAGUUGACUUCCAUCACUGAGAGUAUCAGUAGCAACAAACAACAGAUCUAUCGUUUGAAGCAACGCCAAAAACUGUUGAGAAAAUCCAUUGCUAGAUAUAUGUCGUUAUUUUACAUAUGUAUCGUAUCCUAUUUUUAUUUACUAACACCAUCUGAAAGGGCAGGGAAGAAUAGAAUUCAGUGGUUUGUCAUUAAUCAAUCUAGAAGAAACUUGUUAAUAUUAAUUGGAUACCCGUUAUUGGCUAUAUUGCUAUCCAAGGGAAUAAGUUUUGUUUUCCAGUUUUUCAUUAACAACAAGGAGAAUUCGUUGAAGAAUUUACAAAAGAAACACAAGGUGAAGAUUGAAGAAUUGAAGAAUAUAACCAAUUUCAACAAGACUAAUGAAUUGAUCAACAAGUAUGGUGACGAGAAACCACCAAAGAACCAAGUCCAAGAGGGAGCAAAUAAAGGGCAACAGAGAAUUAGGAACAGGAAAGACAACUCAAAGUCUAUUAGACAACAAGCUUUAAAGGAGCUCAACUUACCAGAACAACAACAGACCCAACAAGGGAUUCAGGGAACUGUUGGACAACACCUGAAAGAGCAAAAAGUCAUUCCAGAUGGGCCUACUCCUUCCCCAAUUGUUCCUCAACAGCCAGUUCCAAGAACUUUCCAGGACAGAAUAUUGGAUAUAUUGAUUGGAUCAGAUAACAGCGAGGCCGUUGAGAGUCGAUACGCAUUGAUUUGUUUCAAUUGUUUUUCACAUAAUGGUUUAGCUCCACCGCAUACAGAGGAUCCGGCUAACAUCAAGUUUCAAUGCUGGAAAUGUGGGGCAAUGAAUGGAAAGGGUAUGUUGUUUGAUCAACCUGAAUUGACUUCACAGUCUCCAAUCGAAUCUUCACCAGAAGCAAUAAAGACAUCAGAUUCUAAGGCACCCGAACCAGUUUCAAAGAAGGAGGAAGGAGCCACGAAAACAGAUGAAAUAUAA